GAGCGGAAUUUCGCCUUCUGUAGAAUACCAUCGAAUGUGAGGUUAUCAUUCGUCUCUCGAGAUGAUCAGACCCACCCUGCGCGCUGUUCAGUCAUGGCGGGUCAGGAAUGUGCGCUCCAUGUUUUACAAGGCAUUGUAAAACCGUGUUAAAACUAACCAAUUGGGAAAAUAAUGACGUGGGUUUGAUCGAGGUUUACCAAGCAAUGUAAUGGGCAGCAACUCAAGUAAACACAAGAAACGGGUGCCAAGCCAGGAAAAACGACGCAAUCAAGGCUGGCAUGGCCUUCUCUCCAAUAUUGGAAUAUCCUUUACUGAUGGACUUCGCCACCUUGGCCCACCUGUUCUGGCCACACAGGGCAUGGUGCUCGGCAGCGGAGCCCCAAUCCCUGAGGACCUCCUCCCCCCAGGACACAGCCCUCAGAAGCCUGGCAUGGAGUCGACUCUCCCUGGCUUCAUCUCUGUCUUUCUGCCUGAGUUCCAACACCGUACAUUUACUGGGCAAGACGAUUUCCAGAUCCUGGGCUUCAUAGCUAAAGGCUCCUUUGGUCCUAUCUUGAAAGUAAAGGACAGGUCGAAGGAGAAGACUUAUGCCGUUAAGGUUUUACCCAAGUCUGAGAUACUAAAGCAUGGGGUCCUGGAACAGUCAAAGGAGGAGGUCAUCAUUCAGCGGCAGCUCAGCCACCCAUUCCUCCACAAUCUGCAGGACUGCUGGCAGACCCAGCGCCACCUCUUCAUUAUGUGUGAGUACUGCAGUACUGGAGACCUGUACACCUACUGGAUACUGAAGGGCCAGUUUGGGGAUGAUGAGGUUCGGGUGUUCGCUGCAGAGCUAGGCUGUGCUUUGGGUUUCCUUCACGACUUUGGGAUCAUGCAUAGGGAUGUGAAGAUGGAGAAUGUCCUUCUGUCUGACCAAGGUCACCUGCGCUUAGCUGACUUUGGACUUUCUCGCCGUCUUGAGCGGGGCGCAAGAGCAUUUACAAUUUGUGGGACAAUCCAAUACAUGGCUCCUGAAGUCCUGAGUGGGGGUCCCUACAGCCAUGCUGCUGAUUGGUGGUCUCUUGGCAUUCUGUUGUUCUCAAUGGUGACUGGAAAGUUCCCUGUACCUCCAGAGCCAGACCACUGCAACAUGCUGAGAAAGGUCAGAGACUGCCCAUACUCCAUACCCAAGACCUUCAGGCCUGCACUAGCCCUUCUGCUCACAGAGCUCCUAUGCAAGAACCCAGCCCAUCGCCUGCAUAGCCUGGAGCGCUUCAAAAGGCAGAUGUUUUUCCAUGGCACUUCCUUUGACUCUCAGCUACUACAGAAGAGACCUGUUGAAUUAAUUCUUGAACUGAAGAACCAUCCUGAUCGUCCAGUCAAAGCAAUGCGGGGCCUGUCUAUGGACUACUUCCAGAACUUUGACUGUGACAUCCUCCACUCCCCUACCAGCCCCACUGACCUGUCACCUACCUUGGCCAACAUUGACCUAAGCCAGGCUCUGGCUACAGCUCAGGGUUGUAGUGAAUGAGAUGUGCCUGUUCUACUUUGCCUCAAUACUGCCUGCAAAUUAAUGGAAACAUUUGAUAUAUACUUUGUACCGCAUGUAUACUUGGCUGUGAAAAAGCUACUGUACAGUGCAUUUGGAAAGUAUUCAGACUCCUUCACUUUUUCCAUAUUGUGUUACGUUACAGCCUUAUUCUAAGAUGUAUUAAAUUGUUUUCUUCCCUCUUAAUCUACACACAAUACCACAUGUAGACAAAGCAAAAACAGGCUUAGAAAAUUUAGCAAAUGUAUAAAAACUGAAAUAUCACAUUUACAUAAAUAUUCAGACCCUUUACUCAGUACUUAGUUGAAGCACCUUUGGCAGUGAUUACAGCCUCAAGUCUUCUUGGGUAUGACACUACAAGCUUGGCGCACAUGUAUUCAGGGAGUUUCUCCCAUUAUUUUCUGCAGAUUCUCUCAAGCGUUGUCAGGUUGGAUGGGGAGUGUCGCUGUACAGCUAUUUUCAGGUCUCUCCAGAGAUGUUCGAUCUGGUUCGGGCUCUGGCUGGGCCACUCAUGGAUAUUCAAAGACUUAUCCCGACGCUGCUCUUGCAUUGUCUUGGCUGUGUGCUUAGGGUUGUUGUCCUGUUGAAAGGUGAACCUUCGCCCCAGUCUGAGGUCCUGAGCACUCUGGAACUUGUUUUAAUCAAGUGUAUCUCUGAACUUUCCUCCGUUCAUCUUUCCCUCCUGACUACUCUCCCAGUCCCUGCCGCUGAUAAACAUCCCCACAGUAUGAUGCUGCCACCACCAUGCUUCACUGUAGGGAUGGUGCCAGGUUUCCUCCAGACGGGACGCUUGGCAUUCAGGUCAAAAAAUUCAAUCUUGGUUUCAUCAGACCAGAGAAUCUUGUUUCUCAUGGUUUGAGUGCUUUAGGUGUCUUUUGGCAAACUUUUACAGAGGAGUGGCUUCCGUCUGCCCACUCUACCAUAAACGCCUAAUUGGUUGAGUGCUGCAGAAAUGGUUGUUCUUCUGGAAUGUUCUCCCAUCUCCACAGAGGAACUCUGGAGCUCCGUUGGAGUGUUCGGAUUCUUGGUCACCUGCCUGACCAAGGCCCUUCUCCCCUGAUUGCUCAGCUUGUCCGGGCAGCCAGCUCUAGGAAGUGUCUUGGUGGUUCCAAACUUCUUCCAUUUAAGAAUGAUGGAGGCCACAGUGUUCUUGGGGACCUUCAAAGCUGAAUAUUUUCUUUGCCACGCUAGCCCAGAUCUGUGCCUCAACACAAUCCCGUCUCAGAGCUCUACGGACAAUUAAUUUGACCUCAUGGCUUGGUUUUUGCUGUGACAUGCACUGUCAACUAUGGUGCCAUAUAUCGACAGGUGUGUGCUUUUCCAAAUCAUGUCCAAUCAAUUGAAUUUACCACAGGUGGACUGCAAACAAGUUGUAGAAACAUCUCAAGGAUGAUAAAUGGAAACAGGAUGCACCUGAGCACAAUUUCGAGUCUCAUAGCAAAAGGUCUGAAUACUUUUUUUAUAUACAUUUGCAAACAUUUCUAAAAACCUGUUUUCGCUUUGUCGUUAUGGGGUAUUGUGUGUAGAUUAAGAAAAAUGUAUUCAUUACAUUUUAGAAUAAUGUUGUAAUGUAACAAAAUGUGGAAAAAGUCAAGGGGUCUGAAUACUUUGCGAAUGCACUGUACAAUCGUGGCCAAAAGUUUUGAGAAUGACACAAAUAUUAAUUUCCACAGAGUUUAUUGCUUCAGUGUCUUUAGAUAUUUUUGUCAGAUGUUACUAUGGAAUACUGAAGUAUAAUUACAAGCAUUUCAUAAGUGUCAAAGGCUUUUUUUUGACAAUUACAUGAAGCAAAGAGUCAAUAUUUGCAGUGUUGACCCUUCUUUUUCAAGACCUCUGCAAUCCACCCUGGCAUGCUGUCAAUUAACUUCUGGGCCACAUCCUGACUAGUGGCAGCCCAUUCCUGCAUAAUCAAUGCUUGGGGUUUGUCAGAACUUGUGGGCUUUUGUUUGUCCACCCAAAAUAUUGAUGUUUUGUUCCCCGAGCCACUUAGUUAUCACUUUUGCCUUAUGGCAAGAUGCUCCAUCAUGCUGGAAAUGGCAUUGUUUGUCACCAAACUGUUUGUCACCAAACUGUUCCUGGAUGGUUGGGAGAAAUUGCUCUCGGAGGGUGUGUUGGUACCAUUCUUUAUUCAUGGCUGUGUUCUUAGGCAAAAUUGUGAGUGAGUCCACUCCCUUGGCUGAGAAGCAACCCCACACAUGAAUGGUCUCAGGAUGCUGUACUGUUGGCAUGACACAGGACUGAUGGUAGUGCUCACAUUGUCUUCUCCGGACAAGCUUUUUUCAGGAUGCCCCAAACAAUCGGAAAGGGGAUUCAUCAGAGAAAAUGACUUUAACCAAGUCCUCAGCAGUCCAAUCCCUGUACCUUUUGCAGAAUAUCAGUCUGUCCCUGAUGUUUUUCCUGGAGAGGAGUGGCUUCUUUGCUGCCCUUCUUGACACCAGGCCAUCCUCCAAAAGUCUUAGCCUCACUGUGAGUGCAGAUGCACUCACACCUGCCUGCUGCCAUUCCUGAGCAAGCUCUGUACUGGUGGUGCCCCGAUCCCGCAGCUGAAUCAACUUUAGGAGACGGUCCUGAAGCUUGCUGGACUUUCUUGGGCGCCCUGAAGCCUUCUGCAGAAUUGCAGUGGAAAUGUUUUGGGGGGGAUUCAGUUCAUUUGCAUGGCAAGAGGGACUUUGCAAAUAAUUGCAAUUCAUCUGAUCACUCUUCAUAACAUUCUGGAGUAUAUGUAAAUUGCCAUCAUAUGAACUGAGGCAGCAGACUUUGUGAAAAUCUAUAUUUGUGUCGUUCUCAAAACUUUUGACCACGACUGUGUUUUCUUUAUUUACUUUACCUAUUUGGCUCCCUCUCUUCCUCUGUAUGGCUCUUUGCAUACCCAUUUAAUGGAGUGAUAAAUAUAGAUGAGCUUUAAUACACUGAAAACCACCAUUUACCAAAAAGGGUUUAAAACAAUUAUAUUUCCCAUUGAGAUUAACAGUACUGAAACUCAAAGCCUCUCAAGGCACUGCCUGUAACAGCACACUAUUUUAAAAUGUGGAUCAAACACCUGCAUGUUUGACCUUUUACCUUUGUCAUUAAAUUUAUAUAAAAAUAUCUCUUUUCCUGAAAAUCCAUUCACAUAUAUUUUUUUAACAAUGUUUUCUUCUGUGUAAUUUUAUGUUUGAUUGCCUAGGCCAUCAAUUAUUUGAUUGACUGUUGUGUGACUGAUCACAAUGUCUUUGACUGUUCACGAAGUCUUGCUGUAUACCCAUUUCUCAUUAGAUUUCACUCAUUUUUGAUGUGUUUUACCCAACCACAGUAA